AUGGCUUCCGGCAUACUUUGGCGCCUGAGGUACCUUGCUAUCCUACGCAUCAGGGUAUCUGAUAUUUCACGUUUCGCGUCCUUCCUUCUCUAUUUGUCUUGGCCCCCAGCCACCACUCUGCGUACUGUGAUGCCACCCGCCUUCCAAGAUGGAGCUCCCGUCAUGGUGCUCCAAUACUCCAUAGCGAACAGCUCUGAGGGUUCCAAUGUCGAACUAGGAGUGUUGCUGAUCAUCAGGUCUCUAAGCCUAGUCUUGCCCCUCGCCGGCCAAGUGGGUAUACGUUUCUCCUUCCCAAGUUCUUGCUCCACGGUGACGUACCUGCCUCACCCAGAUCAGACCUUCCUUCCCCAAGUUCCACCACCUGAAUAUACAACCCGAAUACGCGGAGAAUCGAAACCCUCAUACACCCCUCCAAGUCAGUUCCUGCCACCAGCACAGCAGGCGCUCUCUAGGUCGGGGGUCAGGUCAAACUGUGGCGUGGGUGGUGGAGUGGUCCAAGGUCAACAAUCAAAAUGCCAACCAGCCUACUCGACGACAGGCUUAGCGAAGCACCCGAGUUCGAAUCCCAGCAUGAGCGCCAGAGAUGUAGCCCCCAGUUCAGCACCGAGGGGGUGA